UUUUUUUUUGAAAAGUCUCGAAUUCAUUUCAAAAUUGAUUACAAACUAUCAGUCAUUAUUAACGUAUUUUUUUUUUAUGGUGUUACAGGUGAAACUUGUGUAGAAAAACCUUUAUGUAGUCUGUGGAAGAAUUAUACGUGUAAUCAGAAACCGGAUGUGCACAUGAAGUUGACCAUUACACAGUCAGGUCUAAAAGCGUUCACUAAGGAACAUGGUUUGACUGAAUAUUGGAGUCAUCGUAUCACAUAUUGUCUGGCAUCACCACAAUUUCCGCGAAUAUUCUGUUGGGUAUACCGACACGAAGGUCGCAAACUCAAACAAGAACUUAGGUGCCAUGCUGUAGUGUGUUCAAAAGAAUCUGUAGCUAAACAGAUAGCCAGCCAGUUGCAGAGCAGAUUAGCGCAAGCAUUGAACGAGUUCAAAAGAGACAAGAUCAGUCGACAAAAUGCCCGUCUGUCUUUGGCUAAUAGUGUGUAUGAGAAUCCAUCAUUACCACGGCGUAAAAUAUUGUUAUCGACGGGAUCACACAACUACAGGCCUCCUUUAGAACGGUCCAAGUCAGCUCCUAGAUUGAUGGCAAUUGAAGAAAGUCUUGAAGAGGACGAAGAAUCUGCAGAUAUGCCAUUCAGAAGAUGUCGAGCAGAAAAUCGUUUGCGGACCGGUACCCUCAGGAAUCGGUUGGGUGGUUUACAUGGCCUUAAAGAGUCAGCUAUGACGGAUAUUGAAAGUAGACUCGCUGUCACCCAAUUGGUCGAAGAAGAUCCAAUUGAUGAGAAAACCACUGUGGCUCCCGAGCCGUUACCUGUACCCACCGCAAUUAAUGACUGUUGCGAACCCGAGUUACCUCUAUACAGAGACAUUGUGAGUAACCCGGAAAACUUGUUGGUUUGUAGCAACUUACCUAAGUAUAACGAGGUGAUAGUUGACUGUCCGCAAGGUCCAGAUGACAUGUGCUAUAAGUACAACAGUUUGGUUCGGGAUAGAAAGAAACUAUUUGAAGGUAUUAGUGGUGGUCAGUAUGAUGUGCGAUCCAAGCGGCAUAGUGCAGAUUCUGAAACGCUCAGAUUGUACCACAACUUGGUUAAGAACAGAAAAAUGAUGUUCGAAGGUUGCCAAGACUAUUGUGACGAGGAGGAAGAAGAAGAGGACUGUUGUGGAGAGGAUAAAGACUGUGGGUAUCCAGACGAUGAGUCUACACCCAGCUUGCAGAGCAUAUCUAGUGGCGGAUCAGACGUGUCUAGCAUAAAGAAAAGAACGGUAGACUUGGAUUCGUUAUCCGAAGAAGAUAGCGAUGAAAGUGGAUACGUGGAAGCUCCACCAUCUUGCUCGAGUCAUGAGGAUAAACAAAAAGAUGGGUCCCAUAAACGUAUAGUCACUAAUCGAACCCUUACCACUAGAAAGACACAUUGUAUUAGCUUAUAAUAUCGUCAAUAAAACCAUAUUCACGGAUCUAUUUCAAAUAUAUCUACGCCACCGAUACUAUUAUAAU